AUGGAUGCCUCCAGGGAAGAGCCAAGGCACUCAUGCAUCGCUUCCACAUCCACCACUCUUCCAUUUCCAGAUUCUCUGAAGCUGAGCCUUGAACAUUACAACAUAGACGCAGAAACGGCACAAGAAGAACCUGGAGAGGACGGUAUAAAUCUCGACCUUGUGCUAGCAGAAUAUGAUUAUAGUCAACCACAGCUCAAUCAAGAACUCAAUCUCAUCGACGGCUUAGACACCGGUGUAGCGACUCCGAGUUGUAACAGGUCAGGAUCCAGUGAGCAGAAGCUCUUCUCAUGCAACUACUGUCAAAGAACGUUCUACAGCUCACAGGCGCUUGGUGGUCACCAGAACGCUCACAAAAGAGAGAGGACUCUGGCAAAGCGAGGGCAACGGAUGGCCUCUGCUGCAGCUUUCGGGAACCCAUACGGUUUUGCUCCGGUCCCGUUCCAUGGACAGUACAGCAACAGAUCCUUGGGUAUUCAGGCGCACUCAAUGAGUCACAAGCUGAAUUCAUAUAACGCCUUUGAGUAUGGUCAGAUCAACUGGUCAAGGAUACCAUUUGCUCAACAACCAGCCGUAGGUAAACUAUCUUCAACAGAGCAUCAUCAUCAGAUGAUGAUUGCUCCAUCGUUGACUUCAACAUGUGAAAACUUCGGUAGGUUCGAUGUAGGAAGGAUUCCAGUAGAGUUUCCAGCUCCUGAACUAGGAGAAGAGGCGGGGAAUUGUUGA